GUAAACAAGACGCCAACAAAAAUGCAGAAUACAGUGAAACAAAACUACCAUCCAGAGACUGAAGGCGCCAUCAACAAGCUCAUCAAUCUGAAGCUCAGCGCUUCCUACACCUACCUUGCCCUGGGGAUGUAUUUUGACAGGGAUGAUGUCGCAUUGCCACACUUCUCCUGUUUUUUCCUGGAGCGCUCCAUGAAGGAGCGGGAACAGGCUGAGAAGCUGCUGGAAUACCAGAACACCAGAGGAGGCCGGAUUCUGCUUCGGGCCAUCGCUAAACCGAGCAGGGAGGACUGGAGAGACGGUCUGGAUGCGUUGACCUUCUCCCUGGAAUACCAGAAGUCCCUGAACACUUUCAUCAUGGAUGUUCACCGCAGAGCCGACGGCAACAAAGACCCACAUCUGUGCGACUUCCUGGAGCGGGAGUUCCUCGUCGACAGCCAUGACACCAUCAAGAAGCUGGGCGACUACAUCACCAGUCUGACCAGCCUCACCACCUCCGACCCGCACGGCUCCAUGGCAGAUUACCUGUUCGACAGACACACCCUCUAAAAAAAAAAAAAAA